CCCAUCACGGUCAACCAUUGCGUUGAAGCACAGAACCAACAAAAGAACCAACUGAAACUCUGUUUUCUCUGUUUCAGAGUUGGGUUUCUUGCUAUCUACGAGAUGCAGAGCAUACUUCUUUCUCUUUCUCCUUUGGUCUCUCUCCGCAGACUUCACACUCCUCUGUCUCCUUCCACAGCCAAACUCAACCACAUUCUCACUUCCUCUUCCUCUUUUUCUUCAUUCCCAUGUCAACCAUCUUCUCCUUCUUCUUUCAAACUUGUUCCCUCUCUUCCCUUGCUCCAUGCCGGACCAACCUCCGUGCCGGAGGGCAGUGCCGCCGAGUUUCCUGGGGUUAACAGUCUGUUUAACAUUCUGGAGAUGGGUUCCUUGUUUGGGUUCUGGAUCCUCUUCAACAUCUACUUUAACAUCUAUAACAAACAGGUCUUAAAAGUUUACCAUUUGCCUUUAACCGUUAGCACGAUUCAGUUUGCCGUAGGGGCUCUCCUUGUAGCGUUCAUGUGGGGUUUUAAUCUAUACAAGAGGCCAAAACUGAGUGGCGCGCAGCUUGCAGCGAUAUGGCCACUGGCUUUGGUUCAUACUUUAGGAAAUCUUUUUACUAACAUGAGCCUUGGGAAGGUUGCUGUGUCUUUCACUCAUACAAUAAAAGCUAUGGAACCUUUUUUUUCAGUGCUCCUUUCUGCUAUGUUUCUUGGAGAGAAUCCUACCCCAUGGGUGGUUGGUUCCCUUGUGCCUAUUGUUGGUGGGGUAGCGCUAGCAUCUGCCACCGAGGCCUCUUUCAAUUGGGUUGGAUUUUGGAGUGCAAUGGCUUCCAAUUUGACCAAUCAAUCUCGUAAUGUUCUUAGCAAGAAGCUUAUGGUUAACACGGAGGAAUCUAUAGACAACAUAACUCUCUUCUCAAUCAUAACGGUUAUGUCCUUCUUUAUAUCCGCACCUGUAACUUUGUUAAUAGAGGGCGUUAAAUUUACCCCUUCUUACCUGCAAUCUUCUGGAUUAAAUGUUAACGAAGUGUACAUCAGAUGUCUUCUUGCUGCACUAUGUUUCCAUGCCUAUCAGCAAGUUGCUUAUAUGAUAUUGGAGAAGGUGUCACCUGUUACGCAUUCGGUAGGAAAUUGUGUGAAAAGGGUUGUGGUCAUCGUGAGCUCAGUCAUUUUCUUCCGAACUCCAGUAUCACCUAUUAACGCACUUGGCACUGCUAUAGCUCUUGCUGGUGUUUUCCUGUAUUCUAGGGUGAAGUGACUCAAGUCAAAGACCAUUUAAAUAUCAGCGUAAAAUUUUUCCAGUUGCAAGAGAAAUCUGAUAAUUAGGUUUCUGAAAAUUUCUUAAUAGGUCAGAUAGAAAUUGAGAGUUCUUGAUCCUCACGUUUUUUUGGUAAUUAGGUAUCCGAUUUUAUUGUACAUGUUUGAGUGGCGCUAAUGGUUCAUGUAUCAGAUACGAUUGGCCUGCUCAUCGAUAGUAUACUUUUAUCGAUGAAUUGAGAUUGGUAUACACUAUAUCGACUUUACUAGCAGUGAGAAUUAUGUAUCAGCUCAAGUGAACAAUAAUACACAAGAGUACUAAGUUUUUACAAA